ACCCGGCAGUACCGCGCAGGCGCGGCAGAGUCCGGCAGCACCGCGCAGGCGCCGCGGAGCCGCGCGGAGGAAGUUUGAACGGUGGCGGGUACCGGAGCCGCUGAUGGAGUCCGUGCUGAAAGGUAUAUAUGCAUUCGUAGAAGUUUGGUCAUCUAGCAGAACAGAAAAUUACUCGAAAGCCUUUGAGCAGCAACUUCUUGAUAUGGGAGCAAAAGUUUCAAAAACUUUCAACAAGCGUGUGACACAUGUAGUCUUCAAAGAUGGACAUUCAACUACAUGGAGAAAAGCACAGAAUGCUGGUGUAAAGAUUGUUUCUGUUCUCUGGGUGGAGAAAUGUCGAGAAACUGGAGUACGGGUUGAUGAAUCUUUAUUUCCUGCAGUAUACAAUAAUGAAGGGUUACCACUAAAACACAAAUGUAUGCAGCCAAAGGACUUUGUUGAGAAAACUCCAGAAAAUGAUAGAAAGCUUCAGAGAAGACUGGACCAGAUGGCUAAGGAAUUAGCUCAACAAAGGAUAGGAAUUAAUGCAGAAAGUGAUAUACCGGUUUUACUGUUUGAAGAUGAUGGUUCACUUGUGUAUAGCCCUGUUUCUAAAAUAAGAAAUCAAUGCAAUGAAAUGGAAAGAAGAAUAAAUGAGAUGAAGGAGAAAAGAGAAAAUCUUUCUCCUACAGCUUCCCAAAAGUUUCAAGCGCCUCUAUGUUGCUCACAAGGAGAUUGCCCAUUGUCUACUUCUGUGACUAAUUCAGAAGACACAUUAUUGCAAGGUAAAAAAAAGAAAGACUGCUUAAACUCAAGUUGUGAUGACUUUUUUGGAACUAUUACAUCAAAGAGACAGAAAAAAGAGGUAGAAAACAUCUGCGAUACUCAGACUCGUACUCACGUUUCUAUGAAUGCUUCAGGGAAUUCUCCCUCAUGUAGUUGUGACCAGAAGAGCUUAAUCCAGAAGCAAUCUAGCAGAAGAAGCUUAGGUGAUGAAAAUCGCGUGUCUGAGUAUGAUGUUACUUAUGGUUCUUGCAAAGUUUUUAAUGAACAAAAAAAUAAGCACAGUGGAAGGGUAAGAAAAACCAGAAGACUCCAAAAGCCAACAAGGACACUAGUUAUGACAAGUAUGUCUUCUGAGAAACAAAGUACAGUAAUUCAGGUGGUGAAUAAACUCGGAGACUUCUUGUUCUCAGACGAUGUAUGUGAAACAACGAGUCAUGUAGUUACAGGGAGUCCUCGUCGUACCUUGAAUGUUAUGCUGGGAAUUGCUCGUGGGUGUUGGAUUGUUUCUUAUGAAUGGGUAAGAAAUACAUUUGAAUUUUACUUCAAAAUAAAUUAUGCUUAUUUUAGCUGGAAUGUCAACCAUAUUUUUGUCCAUGCUAUGCACAAUGUUGCAAUGUUCAGAUGCUCAGGCUUGGAGUUAGCUGAAUUUGGGAAAAUUUGUUUUUUUUUAAAGCUCUGUGUUACUAUGAAUGUUGUCUUUCAGUAGUUAAUCUGACCGAAG